CACCCUGCCGGCGCGGGCGGGGCGCAGAGGUGCGGCCGGGCUCCGGGGGUGUGGGGGGCGCCGGCUAGUCCGAGCCGCACUUUCUGUUCUGGGGCGGAGAGGGGGGACCCCGUUUCUUCCCUCGCUGCGCCCCGCCCCAGGUCUCCGCCCCCCUCGCGGACUGGGGGCCGGGCCGGGCACCGGGGCGGUGGCUGGGGGCUCAGGACUCACCCCGCCAUGUGACGCCGCCCGGCCGCCGCGCCGCGCACCAUGCUCCCGGGGGGCCCCCGGCGCCCGCCGCCCGCGCCCCAGCCCGCGCCCCAGCACCCCGGCCUGCGCCGCCCCGGAGACGCGCCCCGGCAGCUGCUGCGCCUCUUCUACUGCGCGGUGCUGGUCUGCUCCCGGGAGAUCGCGGCGCUCACCGACUUCUCCGGUAAGGCGCGAUCUUCCCCAGGUGCGUCGGGGCGCGCAGGUUACCUGACCAAACUCCUGCAAAACCACACAGCCUAUGCCUGUGACGGCGACCGCCUGGCCCUGCAGUGUCCCCGGCAUUCCACCAUCAGUGUCCAGUCAGCCUUUUAUGGGCAAGAUUCCCAAAUGUGUGGUGUCCACAAACCGGCUUCCGGGAGGGAAGGCAGCCUACGCUGUGUGGCACCCACCACAAUGCAGAAGGUGUUGGAUGAAUGCCAGAACCAGCGGGCCUGCCACCUCCUGGUCAAUAGCCGUGUGUUUGGACCUGACCUUUGUCCAGAAAGCACUAAAUACCUCCUGGUCUCCUUUAAGUGCCAACCUAAUGAGCUGAAAAACAAGACAGUGUGCGAGAACCAGGAGCUGAAGCUGCACUGCCACGAGUCCAAGUUCCUCAACAUCUACUCGGCCACCUACGGCAGGAGGAGCCAGGAGAAGGACAUCUGUGUCUCGGAGGCCCAGAGGCUGCCCCCCUUCGACUGCCUGUCCCACUCAGCCCUGCACGUCUUGUCCCAGAAGUGCUACGGGAAGCAGAGGUGCAGGGUCGCGGUGAACAACCUCCACUUCGGAAGCCCCUGCCUGCCAGGAGUGAGAAAAUACCUCACCGUCAACUAUUCCUGCGUUCCCAAGAGCAUCCUCGCUGCAAUUGAUCCAGCCCUUGCGAAUCCCAAGCCACCUGUGAAGCAGAAUGAUGGUGACUAUGGUAUAAAAUUUGAUCCCAGUGGCUCGAGGGUGCUGAGGAGAGAUGGCAUCAUUGUCAGCAACUCCCUGGCAGCAUUUGCAUACAUCAGAGCACACCCCGAGAGAGCUGCCCUGCUGUUCGUGUCCAGCGUGUGUGUGGGCCUGGCGCUCACCCUGUGCGUCCUGGUCACCAAGGUGUCCUGCGCCAAGGACUUGAGGAAACUACAACUGGCGAGGGAACACCUAGUGCUCGGCAGCGACCAGGCCGAGGAGGACAACGAAGAGGGAGAGGACGAGGAGCACUCCUCCGACUCCGAUUUCCAGGGAGAACUGUCAGGCUUGUGCCGGACUCCGUACCCCGUUUACAGCUCUGCGGAGGCCGCGGAGCUGGCAGAAAGGAUUGAGCGCAGGGAACAGAUCCUCCAGGAGAUCUGGAUGAACAGCGGCUUGGACGCUUCGCUCCCCAAGAACAUGGGCCACUUCUACUGAAAACCCCACUGGAAUCUCCUGGCCUGUCUCCAGGCCCUUUCUCUAGAGGGAAGGACCCAGAAUGCUCCUCUGCUUCUGUUUCCCUUGUACCUUCUAUGAAGGAGAUGCUUGUCAUGCCAUGCAAUACUGGUGAAGCCAGGAAGCCCCUAGAGAGACAUUUGAAACCAUCUGCAACACCUUUCCAAAUAAAUUCAGAGGGGAGACUAUCAUCUGCACUUUA